AUGGUUUUCGAUGCGGCAGUCGCAGCGGUCACCCUAACGGGUAGUGUUCUGUCAUUCCUAGCAACGUCAGGUGUCUUGAUAUCUUUCAUUCUCUACCAUGACCAACAACGAUCCUUCCGUCAUGCCCUCGUUUUAAACCUAACGUUGGCUGAGUUCAUAAACUCUCUUGACAAUAGCAUAUCCGGCAUCAUAUACAUAAAGAACAAAGAACUACUGCCCGGAACAGCAUGUGUACUGAACGGCAUGGUCGGCCAGCUCUCAGUGCAGGCAUCUGAUUUCUCCAUACUCGCCAUCGCCGUGGUUACCUUCCUCACAAUUACUCGAAAGACAUAUAUGCCGGACUCCUCAAUCGUGAAAAAGGUCAUCAUCUGCCUCUCGAUUUGGAUUGUUCCCAUUGCCACAAGUGUAGCAGCGACCGUAAUGGGCACUAUACAGCCCGUCAGUGGGAACUGGUGCUGGAUAACACAAGACCGAACCGACCUUCGAUACGGAUUAGCUCACGGCUGGCGUUUCGCAAUAAUCUUUACCACGAUAUUUAUCUACAUGUACGUUUGGUGGUUCCUCGGUCGACACUUCCGCUCCAUGGUCACUACAUCCGACGGGCUAUACGAAAGCGGCAACUCGACCGGCCUCGUUGCAUCCGUAAUCCACAAGAAGAAUGGUUUCGAGGUUAUGCAUGGGCAAGAUUUGGAGAUGGACGAGUUUGAACGACUGAAACCGCUCGUCAGUGAACCGCCGCUUACUCCGCGGACCCCGUCGAUUCCACAUCCUACAGCUCAAGCAUUCAGAAAACCAAGUCUUGUCGGCAACCAAGACGAUAAGGCGGGACAACUCGCCAGGCCAUCAGUGUCAUCUGUAUCGACGCACUUGCUCGACGACAAAACGGAUGAAGAGCCGAAACGAAAGAUGUCAUCAAGAAUCUCGCGUUUCGAUGACGACGACCUGGAUAUGACCCAAGCCUCCGAGGCCAGGUUCUCGUAUUUGGAGCAGGAGGACAAACUGAACCGAAGUGCUGCCGGCGGGCCAUCUCAUCUCCAUCAAGACAUGCCGCCUCCCGUGGCAACACGAUUUUCUCGCUACGGCAAGAGCUCAUUCAGUUUCGGCUCCAGCAACAAGAUCAACACAAGCAGAGACUCUACUGUAUUGUGGAAUCUACCGGCCCCUCAAGAUCUUCGCUCGCGGGAUUUCCCUGUGAGCCCCGGCCUCCAAAAUGUACAGAACAAGCCCGCUCAUCCGAACGUGACCGCCACAAUGAUGAGCGACUUUCCCGUCCGGAGACAAACAAGAAAGAUCGAGCGCGAAAUCAAGCGCAUGAUGUGGCUCAACGCGUACCCGAUCAUGUACGUGGUGCUCUGGAUCCCCGGCCUCGUCAACAGGUUGAUGGAGGCGUCGGGAAACAGCUCGCAAAGCAGAGUUCUGCAAGCGUUGCAAAGCUCAAGUCAGUACAUUGGCUUCGCAAACGCCAUCACCUAUGGCUUCAACCAGCACCUGCGACAUAGGAUAAAGGGUGAUCUAUUCAGAUGGUUACGCGGGAAAUAA